ACAAGCUGGCCUCCAGAACAUGUGUGCGGCCCUUGCGGAGCGUACGCGGGAAACGGAGCGGCUCCGCAAGGAGCUGGAGUGCCUGAAGGCCUCGAAUGCCCAGGAGGAGUCGGUCAAGCACAUGGACACGAGCUGAACAGCUGUACAUCUCACGACUGAAGACGGACCUGAACAGCAGGAACAGGAACAUCUCCCAGAUGAAGUUGCAGAUCUCUGGCCUGGAGCAAGACAACGCCUCCCUUGUGCUGGAGGUCAAGAGGCUUCAGCAAGCGGCCCCCGUUUUCAUACCAAUCCAGCAGCCCUCUCUGACAGUGACCCCCUCUCUGACCCCCUCUCCAAAGGCCUCUGUCGUCUCUGUGGUGCAAUAUGAGGAGGAGAAGGAGGAGGAGGAAGAGGAGGAGAGCGAACCUGAACCAGAAACUCAGGCUAGUUCUGUUGAAGAGCCAGCGCCACCAGCUGGGGAAACAGAGGUUGUGCGUCACGUGUCAGAGGUGAGGGUGCCAAUUCGAUCCGCCACUCCCGAGGAGCGCCCCGCGACUCCUGAGAUCAAACUGCCAGAGCCGCCUGCUCCAAAGGUCACUCCUGUCAUCGCUCUUCCAGAGAAAAGAAAUGCAUUUACACGAACACCUUCUCAGUCGUCUCUCCCCGCUGGCGCUGAAAAGCUGCCCUCUGUGACGGCUGUCCCUGGGCCAGUGGUGAGCCUGGAGGCUCUGCCUGUUCGCAGCUCCUCUUCCGUCUGCUCCUUUGAUGCUGAAAUAGAAGACGUGGAGUCUAAUCCUGAGUCGCCUCAGCCCAAAGUGGACAAAGACCCACAGCUCAGGAAGAGCCCAGUGUUUCGGGUGAAGCCGGCCCCUACGCCGUCCUUCAAAACACCAUCUCCCGUAGUCCACUUCUUGGAGGAGGACCUGGAGCACUACAUGGAGGACUUAAUGGGGGAUGGGCAGAGCGUCCAGAAGGAAAUGGCCGCGAUGAGGUACCGCCUGAGUGUGGAAGCACAGAGAACCAAUCUGAAGCUGUUGCGUCAGGCGGCCCAAAGUGAAGCUCUUCCCUCCAAGCUCUACCAAAUGGCAAAGCACACCAUCAAGCGCUCGCUCAACGCUGCCGAUCUGCGCCUGUCCUGCCUCAUGAGGAAAUAUAUUGCCUAUAAAGCACUGAUGCAAGUUAGGCACAACCUAAAUGUCCAGUUGCAGUGUGCCCGGGAGUGCAACGACGGCCUGGCACUGAGCGAUACGUACACCUUCCUCUCUAAACUGGAGAAGUACGAGCGCGCGGUGAUGAACCGCUUUAGCAUCAGACAGGCUGCCGCUGAAGAGGAUCGCUUCAUGCACCUCACACGCACCACCUGCCUCUUUAAACAGAUCCGAGAGGAUUGUGGGGUACAUGUGAUCCUGCCGUACCCCAGCAGCUGUGACUGCCAGGGGAAGCCUGCUCUGUCCAUCAGCUCCCACAAGCUGGUGGUGGCCCCGAGGCCGCCCUCACGCUCACGCCUGCAGCGGCCGCCCACCGCCCCCGCCCGCAUGCUGCACCAGCGGUCAGAGGAGGUCCACCGCAUCAUGUUCAGCCCGUGGCCCAGGAGCCCGGCGCAGAGCGAGCCCGAGGCCAGGCCCGUGUGGGAUAUGAGGAGCGCGCUGCACAACAUGGAGCUCGCCCGCAAGACCCCCGUGCCCCCCGCCACCGCGCCCAUCCUGCCACGCCUGCUGGAGAUGGACAUCACCCAGAGGAGAGUCCAGGCUCUCCGCAUGGCACAGUGCAAGUUGGUGAGUGCAGCCCCACAGUUGCUGUCCACGGGAGAUGCACGAGUGACCUGAGCCGUCCAGUGAGUGCAGACCCAAGUCAAUAAAGAGUAUCCUAU